AUGAACAAAUUUUCACUUCUAGCUACAUUCAUUACUAUCUUUUUGGCUGCUUUCAGUCGAGCCUUUUCGUUUUCGGAAAGUUUAGAGACUCUAUCUGGUCAUAAUACGGCAUUGUGGCAAGACGGAGCAAAAGACGCCGUAGGUAACUUCUUCGAUGCGGUGGAUGAAGGCAACAUAGAGAAUCUUCAAAAGACAAUCUCGAACCCAAAGGCCGCUGUCUUCAGUUUUAACGGCCGGGAACUCAAGGGAGAAGCUAUCAUCCAUGCAUUCCACGACGCAGCAGUCAAGAGUGGCAAUACGUUCGAGAAACAAAUCACUGCAGUGAAGUGCUUCAAAAAUGAAGAUAAUCAAAUUCAAGUUAACGUGGAGGGAUUAGUUUCCAAGAACGGAGGACCAGGAGAAGCAUACAAAGCUACUCUGAUUAUCAAAGAUAAGAAAGUGGAAACAUUGAAAAGUGUCUUGGGUUCAACUUCGGCUUAA